AUGCAAAUAAUGGGUAAACAUGUUUUGCACCUUUCAGAAUCGUUAAAAACAGUAGCUGAUCGCUUUGGAGUGUGCAAAGAUACUGCGUGGAAUUGUAUGCUUAGCGUCAGUCAAGUUCUCAACGCAUUGUCAGGAGAGUAUAUUAAGUGGCCCGAAGCGAAUAAUUUUCACCAAGUAGCGAGAGAUUUCAGCAAUGCUGGUGGCUUUCCUAAUGUUCUUGCUGCAGUGGAUGGUUGUCACGUAGAGAUCAGGGCUCCAUCCACUAAUCCUGGAAGUUACGUCAAUCGCAAAGGGUUCCACUCUCUCCUUCUUCAAGGGAUGUGUGACAGUCAAGGAAGAUUCCUUGAUGUUUUCGCAGGCGUUUGUGGUAGUGUCCAUGAUAACCGUCUCUUUGAAAUGAGCCCUAUGGGGCAGCAAUUGCUAACAGCAUCAGAAAAUUUUUGUCCCGAAGAGAUGCAUAUUCUUGGAGAUGCUGCAUAUAAAUUGCAACCGUUUCUCAUGGUACCCUUCAAAGAUAACGGCCAUUUAACUCCAUCUCAGGUUCGGUUUAAUACCAUUCUAUCAAAAACAAGAAUGAGUAUAGAGCGGGCAUUCGGAUUAUUGAAAGAUGACAUGAAUGAAGAAAUACUGCAUGAAAUAAAUAAUCAUGUUGCUCGAAUUAUUCUUAAUGAUGUAGAUGAAGAAAAUGGAGUAAUUAAUCCACCUGCUGUUCAAAAAAGAACGAAUAUCAUGAAUAUGCUUGAGCAAGAAAGAAUUGAUAACCCUUAA